GCUACGCCUAGACGGAAAAAAUGAGCACUGUGCCUUUUGAGGUCAUAGAGGUGGAGGCUCACUCUACCAUAGCACGCGAAUUAGAAAAACAUUACUACAAUACCGUAAAAGAUAUAAUAGAAGGGCCCGGUAGCGGCCCAUACACCCCAAGAGGGAGGUAUGUGCGGGUUCGUGAGGACCCCGAUGGCCCCGAUAUCCUAGCCAAUGACUGGUACAAUAGAAAUGGGAUACCACACCAGGUUUCUUUGCCCGGACAACAAGGCUGGUGGCCUCUUAAGCUAUGGAUGAUGGGAUUAGCUCGGGGGUGGACUGACUGGGUGAAAGAUAAAACGAAUGAUAGGGAUAAUUUUGGUACCUACGAACUUAGGUACUUCAAUUUUUUUAAUGCAAUGAAAAAGCGCAUUGCUGUCCAAAAGAUCCAAGCAUUUUGGACGCGUUUUGCACAUAAACGCCAGGUAAAUGCUCUGACGCGUGGCCCGUAUUCAGAAAUCCUCGGACCCUUGAAAAGCCGAGUAGAACUGAUUAUGGUCACUCUAAUUGGGUUGAACAGAGACCCCAGCGAUGUGGAUCACGGCAACACCCUAAGAGAGUUCAUAGCCUCAUUGGUCGUUACGGAACCGUUUAGGGAAUACCGGUUGAGUUACCUCGAACAAAAUCCACAAACGAAGAACCCGUGUUGGAACUUAAUCCAGCCUGUUCUAGGAAAUAUUGAUAUCCAUGGCUCCUUAAGGGCGACUUACGGCACGGGCGACGAAGUUGAAAUGAUUGAUGUGGAUAAAAGUUCAUGGUCCCAUGAAGACCAUGCAUGCAGAUUCAUACGCAGUGUUUAUCAACGUGCUCUAAUUGCGUUAGAGUCUGAAGGUUUACAGUCAGGGGAUUUUGAAGGGGGAUUCAUGAGUUAUUUCUUCAUGGGAGAUGGCGAAAACACAGUCGACAUAGGUAAUAAAUACUGGUUUGGAUUUUCUUUACUAUGUUUACUUAUAAAAAGUUGGCAAUUUAAUGAACUUUAUCCGAGCAACGACUUUGAGCGCGUACUUGUUCCAGCCCUUUACCCACUCUACCAGCCGCAUAGAUAUAACUUCCCGGCCGCUGAAGUUGGUCAAAUUGAUCUAUCGCCCGAGACGCAUUGGGUAUCUGCAGGAAAGGACACUCCCAUUGAUUUUGAGGAUUUAGCACGGCUAGGUCUUGCGGAUGUGCUUGAGGAGGACGAUUUAGACGAGCCAGAAAGUGAUACGAUACUCCCGGAAAACGGGUACCCUGACAGCGACCUGGGCGAGAGUGUCAGUGGUAACGGGGAACAAAGAGAUUACCGUACUCGGUAUCGUGAUCGAUAUGGCAAUUUACUAUACCUUGAGCAAGUGAGCCCAACUCCAAGUGAACUGGAAGGAGAGUAA